UCCUGUCAGCGGCAUGACACACAGGAAAGAAGUGUUUCGGUCAAAAGUCCUGCAGAAGCUUUUUCCUGUAGCUCCCAAAUUGGAGAAGGAACCCAGCCCACCACGCAUCGUAGACGCUCUCGCUAAGAAAACCUUUGUGAAAAGAAAGACUACUCGAGAGGACACUGCUGCAGGUGAUGCAGGGCAGACGCAGCGUGCAGCCAAUCCCCAGGCUCGGGUUUACACUGUCCUUCCUCCUCCUGCAGGCUACGAGACACAUCCAGAAAAAUCGGUCACACUCUCUCAACCAGAAAGUAUAAACAGUGCCAAGGACCCAGCUGAAGAGAGCGUCCAUGAGAGCAAUGGGGAACUAGACGAGGAUACAGAGCAAGAAGAGCACAAAAGAAGAAGGAAAAGGAAGAAAAGGAAACCAGCUCCUCAACAAAACUCUGGGCAAGAUGGUGCAGCUCCAAGUCAGAGUCAAACUGUGCCUGAGGGAGGAGAGCACAUCAGCAGGAACAAGAAGAGGAAGCUGAAGAAGAAACGGCACAAAGAGAAGCUGCUCUCCAUGGGUGUGACGCCCCGAGCUGCUGCCCUGGAGUUUACGUACCAAAAAGUUGGGGGGGUGGAGGAGGAAGAGGAGGAUAAUGAUAUUGAGAGGAGAGCUGCUGAGGUGUCAGACUUCCUCAGGACAACACUGGAAAUCUAUUUGUCAGACCGCAAAUUGCAUGUAGACAACAACAGUCUUCUCCUCUCUGGCACAGUGGACAACCUUCUGAGCCACAUGUCCAGCGGAUGUGAGCCAAACUCUGUCCUGAAGCAGCUCUAUAGCCUCAAGUCUUCUGUUCAACACAAAGAGACGGCAACACUGGAAAAGGCGCUGCAGGAGCUACACAACAGCUCGAGUAUGACUGCAGACGAAUGCGCUGCCGUCGCUUCACUGUUCCAAUACUGGAUCACAGAUAUCCUUCCCAUGCGGGGCGACAAGACGGCGGGACUAUCUACCACACACCCAUGAGACUGUCAGUCACACUGAAACGGAGACGCCACUGAAGGAUUACUUCAAUCGCUACAUCUUGAAACUUUCUUCUCAUUU